GAUUUACAAGUGAUCCGAACAGACAUCAUGUGAUAUCGUAUGGCCUGUAGAUCAGCGCGCUUCCACAGCGCUGCGUGAAGUCGCGCACUAUAUCGCGGUUCAGUUGAGUUGACGGUGUUCACACGGAAAGCAGGUGGAUUCUGUGAGUGUGUGGAAAACGGCUUCUGAAGUAAACUACACCGCUGUUUGUGUCCAUACACAGUGUGUGCUGCGUGAGAAGCUAAGUGUAAAGCGGCGUGAAAGUGAAGAGUGUGAGAGAGAGAGAGUGUGUGUGAGAGUGUGUGUGUGAGAGUGAGAGUGUGUGUGUGUGAGAGAGAGAGAGAGGCGCUGAAUCAGCACGCUCGUGUCCCGGGGCUGUGCUGCUGCUGCUGUUAUUAGCGAUGCUGCUGACGGUGUUCUGCGCUCUGAGGGACCGCGGUGAGACCACCUUCGCCCUCGAAGUCUCUCCAGAGCUUGAACUCAGGGAUUUUUUGGCUCUUUGUGAACUCGAAUCAGGAAUACCCGCAGGAGAGAUUCAGAUCUCUCAUGUAGAGCAGCCUCUGAGAGACCUCACCCGAGCCCUGGGGAAUUACGGCCUGAAGGAUGGAGAUGUGGUGGUGUUGAGACAGGCUGAGAGAAGGCCAGCGCCUCAGCCGUCCUUCCCAGGGCUUCCCCGCAUCGAUUUUAGCUCCAUCUCAGUUCCCGGCACUUCCUCGAACCAUCGUUCCACCACACAGGCUCAAAAUCCUAGGGCUGCCCAAACACCCCAUGCUGCCUCUUCUCCUCAGGGACUGGACAAUCCUGCCCUGUUACGCGAUAUGUUGCUCGCCAAUCCACAUGAGCUGUCGCUGCUGAAGGAACGUAACCCGCCCCUGGCUGAGGCCCUGUUGAGCGGUGACCUCGAGCGCUUCACGAAAGUGCUGCAGGAGCAGCAGCAGGAUCGAGCCAAAAGAGAGCAGGAGAGAAUCAGACUUCUCACUUCUGACCCCUUUGACCUGGAGGCUCAGGCCAAGAUCGAGGAGGACAUCAGGCAACAUAAUAUUGAAGAAAACAUGACCAUUGCUAUGGAAGAGGCACCUGAGAGUUUUGGACAGGUGGUUAUGCUCUACAUCAACUGCAAGGUUAAUGGACACCCUGUGAAAGCCUUUGUUGACUCAGGAGCCCAAAUGACCAUCAUGAGUCAAGCCUGUGCAGAGCGCUGCAACAUCAUGCGUCUGGUAGACCGGCGCUGGGCAGGGAUUGCUAAGGGUGUGGGCACGCAGAAGAUCAUUGGCAGAGUACAUUUGGCUCAGGUACAGAUUGAAGGGGACUUCCUGCCUUGUUCCUUCUCCAUUUUGGAAGAUCAGCCUAUGGACAUGUUGCUAGGCCUUGACAUGCUGAAAAGACACCAGUGCUCUAUUGACCUUAAGAAGAGUGUCCUGCUGAUCGGGACAACGGGGACAGAGACACGCUUCCUUCCUGAGGGUGAGCUGCCUGACUGUGCCAGACUGGCUUAUGGGCCAGAAGUGCGUGAGGACACCCGACCAGAGGAGAUUGCAGACCGAGAGCUUGCAGAGGCAUUACAAAGAUCUGUACAGGACAGCGAAACUGCAGAUGGAAAAACUACCUCACCACAGUCCCCACCACUCCCGCUUCACAGAUAUGUUCAUACACCAACCACCUCCUCAUCUGCCACUAGUCCUAGUCGAAGUUUUACACUAGACCGCUCAAAGUCUGCUCCAGCCUCCAUUAGCCAGAGCCUGCCAUCAGAGGCAUCAUUCUGUCCAUCUCAAAUCCAGGGAGAAACAGAAUCACAUUCAUCUGACACCCAGGGCAUGACUGAACACCACCCAAUGUCUGCCUCAUCCCUGCCCUUAAAAAUGGAAGAAUCUCCUCAAAAUCCUCCCAAUGGGCAGGUUGAUGGUAUCCAACCUCAGUCAGCAGCAUCACCCAUUCUCCCUGCUCAGGAACCAUUUUCUAGUACUGUGUCAAAUGACAAUAAAGGGACUAAAUUUGUAGUUUGUAGAAAGUCUGUGGCAGAUUCAGAUGAAGGGGGAGGCAUUACCUUACAAAAAACAGAAGAACCUGAUUCCCAGACUGGUUCCCUGAAUGAUGUUUGCCUUCAGGAAGUAGACAUGGCAGAUUCUGUUGAUCCAAAUAUAAUCAGUGUUCACAUUCCUGAUAACCUCCAAGAAAAAGAACCAGGCAACAUAAUGAAAGAUGUUGUAAAUGCUCAAACAGAUCAACCUUCAGAGUUAAUGAAUCACCACAACCUUCCAGGUCCAUCUAGUUCAUCUAAAGACCCUCUUGUCCACUCAGAAUUUGAGAAGAAUAUGGAAACUAGGCUUGUUUCAAAGAGUGAAAUGACUUCGGAAAGGGACCAGUCAGAGAACGACAGUAUCCCCUCUCUGGCUCAAGCCCUGAAGGAACUUCACAAGCUUCUGAUGUCCAACAGUAAUGCUCAGGCUCGUGCCUGGAGCCCUCUAUCUGCCACUCAUACCACCACCCCAAGACCAGACACUGAUGAGGUGGACCAUAAUCCAACAGAAAAGGAUUAUGCAGGUGUCAACCCAAAUGUUAUUUCAUCAUCUCACACUGCCACAGCCAACAAACCAAUGUUUGCCAAAUCUGAAUGUGAUGUUCUAGAAGAGGAUGGUACCUUUGAAGGACUGACGGUAAGCUCUCAAAAUCAAGAAGGCAAUCAGACUAAGGGGUUUGCAAAUAUUAGCAUUGAGGAAGAUAUGACAGAGUUCCCUGAAGGAAAUCAGGUGGAUGAAAAUGGGGAAGGCCUUAUGUUGGAGGAAGCACCUCCAGAGGAAGCACCUCCAGAGGAAGCACCUCCAGAGGAAGCACCUCCAGAGGAAGCACCUCCAGCUGAACCAUCUCAGCAGCAGCCCUUGUCUGUAGCAGUUGGCUCCUCAGCAGACAAUUCCAACCUUGUGCCUGUAGAAUCCUCUUAUCCAUCGACACAAAGUCCUGGGUUGGCUCUUCCCCCUCUUGCAGACUCCAUCCAGCCUUCCCCAUUAGCGUUAUCGGGACAAUACCCUGCAGAGCACAUCCAGAGGAUACAAGCAGCGGGGUUCUCGUCUCAUGAGGCAGCUGAAGCACUCGAAAAGGCUGAAGGCAGUGUAGAACUUGCGCUACUGGUGCUGCUGGCCAGGAAGAUCACUGUGCCCACUUAGACCCAUUACAGGCAUAUUUGCCACAUAACUUAGAUUCUGAGCUCUUUGUUUUGAUGCCCCUUUUCCUUUAUUUGUGCUUAGUUUUGUUUGUCAUAUUAAAUCAGUUUAUAUGUUCCCAUAUUUAUAAUAAGCUUCGGAAGAAACUGUCUAGGCCAUCUGCAAGAAUAACAGUGAUAUCUGAAGUCCCCCACCCCCAUUCUGAAAGGGUUACUGCUUUUAACUGCUGUCUGGUUUAAGUGGGUUUGCAUAGUGUUAUUGAUGGUUACUUGUGUGUACGUGUCCUUUUGACAUGCAAAGACAUAAAAAUCAUUUUAAUUAGAAUGACAAUGCCUCUAAUUAUAGCGGCUGUGAAGCUCAACAGUAAAUGGUUUUAAAUUGAGUAAUUUUAUGUCUCUUCUUUCACCAUUAUUCUCUAACUACUAUGGAUAACCAGACCUUGCUCUUUAAAUAAAUUUUGGAAAUAAAAUUGGGUGGUUCUUGAAUAUGCGAGAGAAUUUAGUAAAACAAACUGGUUCAUCUGUCUUAGGAUGUCACCUUUUGCAUGUACCUGGUAUAUAGCAACCUAAGCAGAAUAUUUCUUGUAUGUAAAGGUUGUUGUAUUAUGAAAAAUGCAGACAGGUCCCCAGAGGAAUGUUAAGCCUAAACUUAGAUAAAGAAAAAUAGAAAAUUGCUGGUGAACCCUCAUGGGUAUUGCAAAUUAGAACAUGCAUCUUAACCCAUGUCUGGGAAGCCAACGCAAAAACGAAAUCAUACAGCCGCUAGCCGGAGCUCCUUUACUGAAUUUGCAAUAAUUACCAAAUACUGUAUCUUUUAUUUCUCUCUGAUUUUCUGCUCAUUUUAUAUUUGCCAAUCCUGUAUAACUUGAUCGUUGUGUUUUAUCAUGUUUGAAUUGGUUGCCUUGUAAACCAUAUACUAUACUCCCCAGUGUUUGCUAGUGUUGAAAACUAUCUUCACCAGUAUUUUAUUUUUUUUCCUUCCAGUCAGAAUGAGGUUAUAUAUAAUGAAUGGGAAAUUAUCAGUUGUGGGAGGAAGAGAAGUAAUACCAGUAAGUCAGGAAACUUAUGUGAGUCAUAUUUCAUCACCAGUCAUCUAUCUUUUACUUUUCAGGGAUUUUGCAAUAGUCUUUGAUGCUAUUUUUUUUUGUUGAUAUGAAACAUGAUCUUAGCAUAGUUUGGUGUGAAACUAUAAAAAUAAUUAGAAAAGUACAAUGAAAUGGUAGGGACCCCGGAGGCUUGUUUGGGUUUCAGUAUUGAUUUGUCAUCAGAGCACAUAAUUACAUGACAUUUGCUGAUGUGUGUAUGAUUCAAUUCAUUCUCCUAUCUUUUUUCAUGACUCUGAUAAUGUUUGGUGGAAAUCCAGGCUGCUCUGCUCUGUCUAGCUGUCUUGAUUGACGUGUAUAACCUUUGUCAUUUUUUUAAGGUAGUCUCUGACUCAGCUGUGUCAGAUCAAAAUCACAUUUGGAUGAUUUAGUUUCAACUUGUAUACAAUUUAAAAACCAAAUAAAGGAAAAGGUGUUUCUUUAUAA